CUUCGAAUUUUAUCCGAGAGUUAUGUGUACUGCAAAAAGUGUAUAUGAAAAUCAUAGGGAAACUUUAGUAUUUUUUCAAUAAUUCGGGAAUGGUCCGACUAAUUAGGCUCAUCUUCGAACUCGACCGAGAUCUUGAUGAGACUGAAUUGUGUAGAAAUUUUCAUCCAAACCUACCUCUCCUUUCGAAACUUAUCGUGUAAACGGCCGGACGGAUGGACACACUGACCGAUUCUAGUAGUGUACUCACCUUUUGAGUACACAAAAACAAACGUUUAAUUAUAUAAGAGCUUCAUUUCUUUUUUUUUAAAUAUCUUACUACGAAAUAUUUUUCUUUUCUAUCAGGUACAUUCAUAUUCGGUUUAACUGGUUUAAUUGGUAAUUUAAUAUGUUUUUUUGUUGUAUGCCGUUUCACAGUAUCUCAACAUUCAUUUGUUGAAUAUCUUCGUGCAUUAUCAUUAUUUGAAUUUUUAUCAUUAUUAUACGAAGUUAUUCAAUCAUUAAAUGAUUUAUCACUUUAUUUAUUUUCUACAAGUUUACUAAAUUUUCGUUAUUCAAUUGUUUGUAAAUUUUAUGAUUAUUUUAAAUAUACAAUUAUAUUAUUAUCAUGUUGGACAAUUGUUGGUUUAACAAUUGAUCGUUAUAUACUUGUUUGUAAUCCAUCGAUUAAAAAAUUUCCAAAAUUAUCACGUCGUUUAUGUAAUGCAAAAUGUGCUCGACGUAUUAUAUUAUUAUUAUUAAUCGUAUCAUUAAUUAUAAAUAUUCCACAUCUAAUCUAUAAAGAAUGGCUUUGUCGUCCAACUGGUUUUCAAUAUAGUGCUAUUUAUAAUCAAAGAUUUAAUUUAAAUCAAACAAAAAAGAUUUUUUCAAAACAAAUAUGUUCAUGUCGUAUAUCACCAUUAAAUAAAUCAAAUCAAUUAAAAUUUUUUGUUUUCUGGCAUAAUUAUAUUUUUCAUCUUUUAUGUUAUACAAUUAUACCAGCUUUUUUUUUAAUUAUAAGUAAUACAGCUAUUUUAAGACGUCUUCAUGCUCCUCGUCAAAUUGUAAGUAAUCAAAAUGAACAUAUACGUUCAAAAUUAACUCGUACAUUAACAUUAUUAUCAUUAAUAUUUCUUUCAUUAUAUUUUCCAUAUGCAAUUGUUCAAACAUUAUCCUAUUUUGUCAUUCGUCAUUUACAAUAUCAUUGUAAUAUUCGUUUUGUUUUAACAUUACAUAUAUUAAAACGUUUAAGUGAAUUAUUAAAUACUGGUGCAUUGGGUAUAAAUUUCUUCUUAUACAUCUUAGGUGUUAAACAUUAUCGUUCAUCAGCUAUACGAAUGUUAGGUUUAGAUCAUUACCAAAUAUUUUAUAAAUAUUUAACAACUGAACAUCAAAAUAAAAAAAUAUUAAAGAAAAAUCAUCCAAUUAAAUGUAUAGUUCAAACAAAUUCUACAAAAUUUAAAAUAUUAAAAGUAACAUCAACGUUAUAUAACAAUUGUUGA